AUGUCGCCAAGAAACCCUCAAGAUGUAUUAUCCGCCGUUUGGCAAUGGGAAAAUCCAUUAAAAUGUUUCUUAUUAAUCAUAAUCAUUGUUGUUUGGGGUUAUCUCCUUGAUACAUGUGGAGAGCAACCCGAUUACAUACCUGAGAUUCAAAAGUUGAUGAGUUUAGGUUCAUUUAUUAUGUCUAUCUCGUUUAGUCUUUUAACUCGGAUAACAUUUUCUCAUAUAUUUGCCUAUGUACAAGGCUUUUUCCUACUUAGUAAACAAGGUAUUCCUUUCCAGGCUGUUAUUUGUGAAGAAUCAACUCCAUUACGUGUUUUGACAGCAUGCUUUAUUAUGUUAAAACAAAAGCAUAAUAGUAUCCAUCAGAUAAUCUCAUAUUUAGGUACCUUGAUCAUAUAUAUUGCAAGUAUUAUCAUCGGCGCAUAUGCUGCUUCUAAGUUGGCAACUCCCUAUAUCUUUUAUGAGACUUCAAUUAAUUGGGUACAGGCCCCAACUAAAGGGCUAAACAGUAGCUUGUAUAGUGCAUUCACACCUGAAAAUUCCUUCGGACAAUUCAAUGAAAUUCAAUUUAAUGCAUUGUCUAAUUGGAAUACAAUGACUGGAGUGGACGGCAAUGAGAUAGCAUUUAUGCCAAUGGCAAUCGCUAAAACAAUUAAAGAACUAGAACAAAAUUUGACACAAAAUAAUCAAUCCAAUAAUCAACCCUCUAAUAAUGAACUGACCAAAUGGAAAUUAGAAAAGGUGUUUAAUAACGUUGGCAUGCAAUAUUUAGCAUCCCAGUGUAGUGCUAAUAUAAUUCCUCCUUGUGAAAUAGACGGUCGGGAAAGUGUUCACGUAAUGGCAGGAAAAGAAAAUCAGACGAUUUCAUGGCGUUUGUGCAAUUUACAUUAUAAUACAAUAAAUACUUCUAUGCAAAUUGAUUGUAAUAUAUCUAUUAAAGGAGGUGUUUUUCCUCUUAUAACAUUUGAAUAUCCUAGCGCUAAUCAGCAACCUCGUGAAGAAGAUCUGUCGCAAGUUUUAAUGAAAAAAAAUGAGUUAAAAGAAUUAGAAGAAAUCAAGAAUAAUCUAUUUGCUAUUAUGGAGAAUGCUUUAUUACGUCCUUUCAACUAUAGUGAUCCAAUUACCAAAAAUGUUGCUAUGCAGUUAGCUUCUGCUUGGAGUUGUGAACCUGAAAAUGUUACUUGUGCUCAAUCUAAAGGAACAGCAGCAACUGUACGAUACGUUGGUGCAUUAUUGGAUACUACGUCCGUUAUGUAUUUAGCAGAAAUUUCAAAAAAUAUAACUGAAUUUUUAAAGAAUAAUUCAUCAACGACCGGUUCCUUUAGGAUUUCACAUAGGGUGUGUUUAGGAGGCACUAAUCCAAUGCAAUCAAUUGGGAUAAUGAUAACAAUUCCACUGAUAAUAGUAAUUAUUGGAUUAUUACCAUUACUUUACAAUAAUAAGUUAUGGUGGCUUGCAGCUGAUAUUGGAAACAAUUAUAUUGCUUUUGCAAGGAGUAUUAGUCCAUGCGGAGAAAAUUGGGACAACGAAUUACCUGAAUGUACUGCACGACCUGGUGAGACUAAAUUCAAGAAAACAGUCAGGCUCAAUAUUAAAGAUAAUCACAUUGGUUUAUCAUCUAGUCUUCAUGAUAAUAAAACUUAA